AUGUCCGCGUUGAGAGAAUCGUCCGACGUUCGCAGCAUCGCGGAGGAAGAGGUCGAACGUCUCAAGACAGAACUCGCUUCCAAGACGGAUGCCCUGAAGGAAAGGAAUCUGGACGUAGUUCGCUUGAAAUCGGAUCUGAAAGCCGCGAGGAGAAAGUCGAAGCAGCCGCCACCUGAAGAGAGCGGACUCGAGCUGCAGCAAAAGCUGCAGGAAGCCGUCCGCAAACUAAAAGACCAAGAGGGAUCGCACGCCGACUUGGAAGAAGAGUUGGAAGAGAAAGACGACAAAAUCAGCGCGCUGAAGAAAGAGUCGACGCUUGCCAAGACAGCGAUGUCCAUGUACGAAAAGCGGGUGGACGUCUUGGAAGAAAACCUGAAAACGGCUUGCAAGCGAUACGACGAGGAAGUGAAAAGCAGACGGAUUGUGGAGGCGGCCGCGAAAAAGGCAGACGAGCACGCGCAAUCUAUGGCCGACAAGAAAGUCGAAUUGCAGCGAGAACUGUUAAGACGGCAACCCGAAGAGUCGUUGUACGAAAUGGAAGUGAACCUCGGAGAGAAGGAGGAGUUGCGGCGAGCGCAUUCCGAUCUGGAGAAGGAACGGAAGACGGUUAUGCGAUUGAAGAGUGCGAUCAAGGACCUAAAAAAAGGACCAAAGGCGUCAUUCGGAGGUUCUUCGAGAGAACAGGAACCUGAAGGAGGAGGUGGAAGCGAACGCCAGGAGGAUCGAAAGUAUCGACGACGAACUUCGCGCAUCGAAACGGACGCUCGGCGACAAAGACAGACUGAUUUCAGGCAAAGAUCGAGCGACGACCAACCUGAAGAAGGAAAUCGCCGCUCUCAGAGACGAACUUCGUGCCGAAAAGGACAAGGUGGCAACAGCCGUGAAGGAACGCAGCGACGACGACGCCCGAAGUUCGGUGACGCUCGAGAAGAUAAAAGACGAAUUGCGACUGGCGAACCGGGAAGCGGCGGCUGUAAAGGACCUCCAACGACGGUCGCCGACGAAGCUGGAAGAGACCGAGAAGCAGGUGGAGAGUCUGAAGGUACGGAGAGUAGGAGGAUGAAAAAGCAGCUUUCCGAUAAAGAUCGCACGGCUAUCGACUUGCGGAACGAGAUCGACACCCUGGAAGAAAAAAUGAAACGGAACGGAAGUAAAACGGACGAUCCAAUGACGGCCUACAAAGAAGAAAUUGAAAGAAACGUGAAGAGGAUGAAAGAGUUGGACGCUACGAUUGCGAAGAAGAUUCGAGAGGCGGCCGGUCUCGAAGACGAGAUCGCCGUCAUGAAAGAAGGGAGGGAACGUGACGGACGGAAAAUAAAACGGUUGGUGGAGAUCCCGCAGUGGAAGCAAUGGGUCGAAGAAUUGAAGAAGGCACGCGACGAAUCUCACGAAUCCCACGCCAAGGAACUCGGAUCGCUUCGAGAAGAUCUCGAGAGGGAGAAAUCGGACGCUGAAACAAAACUUGCAACGGCGAAGGCGAGCAACUCGGACGAGAUCGAAAAUCUUCGAACGCAGAUAUCUUUCCUUAAAGAAAAGGAAUCGAAACUGAAAAGAGACGCAGGUAAGUUUCAUGCGCACCUAAAGGAACGGGAAGAGAAGCAUCUCGAUCGGAUAGCUAAACUAGAAUCCGAUAAGAUUUCGCGAUCGGCCGAAGCGGAACAGGCUCUUGACGAGUGUGCGUCCUUCUCGGGGAAACUGAAGCUCGCGACCGAAAACGAACGUCGGUCGAAGGAGGACCUUGAAAGGUGGCAAGCCAAGAAGAGGUCGUGGCAAGCGACGGUCGAAAGACGUUCGGCAGAUCUCGACAAACUUCGCGACCUGCUGAAGACGUCCGAGAAAGAACGCGCAAAUCUUCAGUCCCAACAUUCGAACGUGGACAAGAAUGUAACGGAUUCGAAAGAAACGGAUUCGUUGAAGCGGGAGCUGGAAAGACAUCGACAGGAGAUCCGACAACUCGAACGACUUCUGAGCGACGAAAAGAGGGAGAAGUCGGAAGCGGUGUUUUCGAAGAACAAGGAAGCGGACGAAUUGAGAUCAGAUUUGACGAAAACGAAGAUGGAUAUGGACGAGAUCAAAAGACAGCUCAACUUUGUCAAUAACAAAGUGGCGGAGGCGUAUUCCGAAGUGACUCGAAUCGUCGAGAACUCGGAGGACGGACGAUCGCACGAGGAAUGUCGAGACCUUCUUACACGACGCCUCGAUGAAGUGGAACGUUCGUUGGAAAAUGAAAAGAUGAAGGCUGCCGAUUGUGCGCAAUUUAACAAAGAAUUAAUGCGGCAGAUAUCCUAUCUGACGAACGAAAUAGAAACAGUAAAUUACGGUCGAAGUGUCGAGGUAAGCAAAUUGCGCCGAUUACUGAACGAUUGCAGACGCGAAGGGUCUCAACGACAACGUCGGGAACAUCCCGGUCGCCGUAACGUCGGUUCCAGCUACUACGUCGACGACGCAUGUUCCAGAAGUUCUGCGUGCGAAUCCGAAGAGGAAGUGGACGACGACGAAUAG